AUGACCAAGACGAUUGUUGAAGCCCUAACCGUAAAGAAUCCAGGAGAAGUGGCUGGUGAUGAUGUGGAUCCUCCAGAGGUACUUGAUACCAUUCCAGUCUACAAGGAAUUCUUCGCCGAACAUGAAAAGUUUCAACGGAUUCAUGUCCACUUGGUCGGCCUCCGAGUUAGAGAUCCAUCAGAGGAUUCAGAUGCUGGCGUAUUCAAAGCAAGUUGGUUCAAAACGCCAAGGCUUACAGUUGAGACCUAUGGCGAGGAUACAGGCAGCACCGAUUAUUUUCCCGUUGGAAAACACAGCACUCUGAAAUCUCAAACAAAGAAAGGACCCACCCCGGUUUGGGACGUCAAACUUGUCGUGAUUGGAAAGAAAGAGACGACAGAAGGUAUCAAGAUUUCCGUGUCUGGUAAGAAAGACCAGUAUUCUUUUGACUCGCCGGCUAGUGAAUUCCCUGCUAUUGGAGAAGACUGGAAAGAGCUUGUACAUACACCUGCUGAAGACGAUGCAACCAAUGUGGAUUUUGUAUACAAAGUUUGCAUCUCGGAUUGUGCGGAACGAACGGUAAGCCAAGAGGAUGUGGCCAACUUUCUCCAGAGCACCGACACUGUGGAAUAUUCCGAGGCAGUCAUCGACGCAGACAAAGAUGCCGACAAGGCCGUUCUACAAAUCUGGAAACACAAAGAACCAGCCAAAAAAGCUGUCCUUUGGCAUUUGGGAAGAAACGAUUGUUUUAUGCAUCCACACGUGGCCAAUCCCUUGUUCAUUGAUAACGGAUAUGACAUUUACGUAUUGAACUACAGUGCCAAUGGCCUGUGUAACAGGUUUGGUUUUGUUGAUGACCCAAAUCUCCGAUCCCACAAUAAUAUCAAAGAUUUCAACUUAUAUCUAAGUCAAAUUGAAAAGUCCAUUGAGAUGAUGAAGGACGGAACAUCGUACGACAAAGUGAUUGGGUAUGCACACUCCACUGGAGGACCUGUUCUGAUCAACUAUCUGCUGGAACGAGGAGAUGAUGCCUUUGAUGGAUUCAUAUUCAAUGCACCAUUUUUGGAAUGGGGUAGCAUGAACUUUGGAGGAAGUCAAUUGAUUGAAGACAUGACUCUGUUUUUAUUGAAUAAUCACCCCGAUCCCGACAAAAAAUGGGGAACCGCGUCGACACCUGAAGAGCUCAAAGAAACACCGGUCGUGUACAAGGAUACUGAGGUCGUCGUGAGUGCCUGGAGUGCCAAACUUUGGUCAAGCUUCUUCUUUGACUGGCGAAGUCGACCACUUCACAAUGUUGCAACAACUACGGGUUUCGCUGGAGGCGUAAGCAAAGUCCACAAGAAAUUGGUCAAGAGGGCCAAGAAACAUCACUAUGCCACCCUCAAGCCACUGAUUGUCUUGUCAUCUAGAGGCGAUGAUGUUCUACAGAGCAAUGAGACUCUGACCUUUGUUGAUGGUGUUGGACCAGCUCGAGUGGAAAUUGAGCUAGGAUACAAUUCGCAUGACGUCUUUCUGAGUAGUGAAGUCGAUGGUGUGGGAAUGGCUGUCAAUUUCAUCAAAUCUUGGAUGGACGCCAAAGGAUUCGCCUAA